UUAAUCACUCAUCCAUAUCAAAGAAAAAUAACAGAAGUAACAUAUAUAUAUUAGACAAAAUGUUUGACAAGCUUAUUGGAGGGAUUGUCGGAGGGAUUGCCGGAGCGAUUAUCGGAACGGUGGAUGGGUUCGCCAGAGGGGUCGGAAUAUGCCCCGAAAGUUACCAGAGCUGCAACCGUCACGACUGCGAGGAGCACAAAAAGAAGCCCCCGGCCAACCAUGGCAAUGGAAACAGUGGUGGUCGCCGCCAGAAAGACAGGGCCUAAAAGACUCUAGACUUCACCCAAAUAUUCUGCCGGUUCAAAUAAGAGAGUAAUCAUAAUGUAUCCCAAAUUAAUAAUAAAUGUGUAAGAUGUAUUUGUGUGAUGGACUUUUAAUUACAAAAGUGUUCUUGUUUGAUGAUGUUAUAUAUGAUUACUGUUGCUACGUA